GAGCUACACCUGCAAUAUUAAUUAAACGCGCCUUAAAUUACCCAGCAGUCAGAACACCAUCUUCCUCGACUAUAUAAGUGUUAAAUUAGAGACUUUGGUCGGUGUCUCCUGCGUCCUACUAAUUACUCUUCAGUAGUGAAGUGAGAGAGGGAGUUCGAGUAAAAAAUGGCAGACAAACCAGAUAUCAGUGAGAUCUCUCACUUUGACAAGUCCAAGUUAAAGAAGACUGAGACGCAGGAGAAAAACACACUUCCCACCAAAGAGACCAUUGAACAGGAGAAGCAGGUCGAGGCGUAACCCAUCCAAUUUCACUAAGGGCAGGAUGAAAUGGAGAAUCACUUGACUUUGGGCAAAAUGUGGCUUCUUCCAACUACCAGUCACUAUGGCCAUAAAGUGGAAUAUUUGUCCCUCUGCAACUUAAAAAUCUGAAGGGUAACAAAGCUUUUUAGUAGCUGACUUUGCAAGCAUUAACUGGUUAAUGACAAACAUCACUAUGGUAAAAUCAUGUGUCUGCGUAGAGACUGUUGCGUGAUGUGUUUCACAGCUGCUAUCUGACUUUAAUGUUCUAUAUAAAUUUAACCAAAGUGAAUUAUCUGCCCUUAUUUUGAACUUUGUGAAAUAAACUCUGCAAAUGAAUGUC